AUGCGACAAAUUGAAGUUAAAAAAUAUUCUGAUAACGAUGAAUUGGAAUUCUUCUUAGAUAUGGCAAUAAAUGAAUCUCAACGAUGGCUUGAAGUAACUUGUCGAGAACUCUUUAUUGAUAGGGAUGAUUUUGUGUAUUCAUUACGCUAUGGAACACAUUUGCGCAAGAUAAUAAAUAAAAUAAUACCCGACUGUUUUGAUCUCUCCCAUUGCCGUUAUGGAAAAACUUCUCGAACAACACGUCAAAUACUUGCAAAAGCAAAUAUAGCAUAUACUGAAUUUGAGCAUUAUAUCGAUGAUGAAGAUUGGAUAUCGCAAUUUUUGUUAAUUUGUUUAUAUCGAUUAUGCAUUCCACGGCAUUUACUCUUUUUACGUGAAGAUUUGGAACAAUUUGAAGGAUUUGAAAAGCCAUACAAAGUAUUCAUCGAUGAACAGUAUGUGUAUAUUUGUUUUUAA